AUGCUGACAUCGCCUCAUCGGGAAGGCCCCCAUAGCCUCAGCCCUAUAAUCACCCGAACCCGGACCACCUUCCAAGGCACGCAUCGCUUCCCUCACACUGCAGAGGGCAAGCCGCAGCCUGUCGGAUGGACGCUGAUUAGCAGCCUCAGGAAGAUUAUCGAAACGGAUCUCAAAGACUCGGUCCGGGUGCACACGAAGUCGGCCUUUCAGGAGCUGAUCAUGGAGGGACGACGGGCAGUGGGUUUGAAGUAUUCCGACGAAGCGGGCACUACGCACAGCCGUCUCUUUGGCACGGUGGUGCUCGCUGCGGGAGGCUAUGCGAACGACCACCAGGACCGUUCCCUACUGGACCGCUUCACUCCGGAGCUUGCCAAACUGCCGACCACGAACGGGCCUUUCGCAACAGGCGACGUUAUCAAGGCCCUUCUCCAACAGGACCUCGGGGCCCAGACGACGCUGAUGGACAAGGUCCAAAUCCACCCCACAGGAUUUCUGGAAGUAAAGCAGCCGAACUUCCACACCAAAUUCCUUGCACCGGAAGCACUUCGAGGCUGCGGCGCUAUCCUCCUCUGCGGCGGCAAGCGCUUUGCCAACGAGCUCGGGAGGCGGGACUACCUCACGAAGGAGGUCUUCGAGCAUUGCACGCCUCUUCAGGGAAAUCCAGGGUUCCCUAUAGCAGCAGCGAUGCUGCUGACACAGGAGGCUGUCGACAAGUACGGGGCCAGCUCGAUGGGCUUCUACAAGUUCAAGGGCCUCGUUGAGGACGUCGAGACCCUGGAAAACGCUGCCACAAAGAUGGGGGUGGACGCGGCUGUGCUGCGGCAGACCCUGGCAGAAUACAACCGCUCUGCAGAGAAGGGUGUCGAUGAGUUUGGCAAGACGGUCUUUCCGGUCAGGUUUCCGGAGGAUGCGCACUUCUACGUGGCCUUCACCACGCCGACGCUGCACUACUGCAUGGGCGGACUUGCCAUCAAUGAGCAUGCAGAGGUCCUGCGCGAGGACGAUGUUCCCAUCCCGGGGCUCUUUGGUAACAACCGCUUGGGCGGCAAUAGCUUGCUGGAGCUUCUCGGCUUUUGCUGGCAUGGUGCGUGGUCUUUGGGCGGUUGGCCGGGCGCCACGCGGCGGGCAGCCGAGAUCCCUGAGGAGGGCGUCCUCAGCGCCCUGGCAUCCGGCGCCAGCGUGGCGGCCACGACGAUGCGGGGGCAGACGGCGCUCAUGUUCGCUGCGUCUGCCAGAGGUGCAGGUGGUCAGGAGUGCCUCCAGUUGUUGUUGGACGGCCGCGCCGAGAUUGAGGCGAAGGACCGCUACGGCUGGACGGCCUUGCUCUACGGCUGCCGAAACGAUUGCCAGUCGCAGGUGAAAUCGCUGCUGGACCAACGCGCGCAGCUAAAGGUGUCCACCCACGAUGGCCGAACCGCGAUCAUGCUGGCAGCGCUGGAAGGUGGAAGCUUGGCAUAG